UCGAAAACAUCUCCAAGGUGGUAUGAUGCCGAUUGAUCUGGCGGCUGAGAGUAACAAUCUGAAGCAGUCUCUAAAGAAAGCAUCAGCGGCGUUCUUUGGCGAGUACGGCAUUCUUAGUCACCAGCUGGAGUCGUACAACGCUUUCAUUAACCACGGAAUUCAAACUCUAUUUGAUUCCGUGGGACAGAUCAUCGUUACUUCCCAGUCAAAUCCUUCGAGUAAUGAUGAUCUCUUUGGAAAAAAAUCAGUCUCGGUGAAGUUUGGGAAGGUCAGCCUGGAAAAGCCGAAAUUUUGGACAAGCGACGAGUUCAUUGAAGAAGGUGGUAGAGAUUGGCUGGAGUUUCUCCCUCGUCAUGCGCGCCUUCAGAACGCUACUUAUUCAGCGAGCAUUCGAGUCGAGAGUCAACUGCAGGUCUGUUUUGGGAUUGCACAUUGUGCACAAAUCUUUGUUAGUUUUGGUGUGUACAUCAAUGAGGAAUGUGUGAAGGAAAGAAAAGAAGUGACGACAAUUGGGAGGCUUCCGAUUAUGGUAGGAUCUGACAUGUGUUGGAUGAAAGGAAAUAUAAAGGCUGAUUGUGAUUUUGAUCAUGGUGGAUAUUUCAUUAUCAAGGGAGCAGAGAAGGUUCGAGUGCUUUUAGAGGAAAUGUGCUGGAGGAGACUAAGGAUUUCGAAGACUCCAAGCUGGAUGGUUGCUUAUCAUCAAGUUUCAAGAAGAGAAAGAGUGUACAUGAAGCUGGUUGGCAAUGAAUUUGGAGGAGACAAAUUCCUUCAUAUGUACUUUCUUGGGGCUGAAAUGCCUGUCUGGAUAUUGUUUUUUGCCCUCGGCGCGUCAUCUGACUUAGAGGUUGUGAAUCUCAUUGGCUUGGACAUUGAGGAUACCAGAAUAUGCAAUAUCCUUGUUGCUUCAAUUUAUUAUGCAGACAAUGUGUGUGAAGAUUUCCGCAAAAAUAACAAUGCCUUCAAGUAUGUUGAGAAGCUUUUAAAAAACUGCAAACUUGCUCCUGAAGAACCUGUUGAAGAAUGCAUCAGGAACUUACUAUUUUCAAAUCUCAAGUCUUUAAAGGCGAAGGCGCGGUUUCUUGGUUACAUGGUCAAAUGUCUAUUGGAAGCCUAUACUGGCAAGAGAAAAGUUGAUAACCGAGAUGAUUUGAGAAACAAGAGGCUCGAGUUGGCUGCUGAGCUACUUGAGAGAGAGUUAAAGAUUCACCUCAAGCAUGCUGAAAGACUAAUGACAAAGGCCCUGCGGAAAGAUCUUCAAGCAGAUAAAGCGCUCCAAAGUAUUGUAUUUUAUUUGGAUGCAUCAAUUAUUACUAAUGGUCUUUCCAGGGCAUUUUCAACUGGUGCAUGGUCGCAUCCUUACAAGAAAAUGGAAAGAGUGUCUGGUAUUAUAGCGACUCUCAGACGGACCAAUCCAUUGCAGACAACUUGUGACAUGAGGAAAACAAGGAAUAAUGUGUCAUACAACAAGGGCGUUGGUGAAGCCAGAUAUCCACAUCCUUCACACUGGGGAAGGUUAUGCUUCAUCUCCACUCCAGAUGGAGAAAAUUGUGGGCUAGUGAAGAAUUUGGCCAGUACAGGACUUGUCAGUACUGCAGUAACUGAGCCGUAUCACCACAAGUUGCUUGAAUGUGGCAUGAAAGAGUUGGUGGAUAAUUCAUCAGGUUUUCUUCAUGAGAAGUUCAAAAUAUUUGUGGAUGGAAACUGGAUUGGAACAUGUGAAGAUUCUGAAAGUUUUGUAACAAAUCUGAGGACUAUGCGGCGCAGCAAGGAAAUCAACCCGCAGGUAGAAAUUAAAAGAGACAUACUCCAUUCAGAAGUUCGAAUAUGGUCUGAUGCCGGAAGAAUUCUCCGCCCUCUUGUAGUUGUUGAGAAUUUGAAGGGACUUCUUGAUUUCAGAGGUGGAUAUCCCUUUAAGACUCUACUGGAAAAAGGGAUCAUCGAAUUCAUUGGGCCGGAAGAAGAAGAAGAUUAUACGGUUGCUUGGGGAGUUGACGACCUGAUAGCUGGAAAGAAUGAGAAGCCACCACGAAAAUACACUCAUUGUGAGCUUGAUUCAUCAUUCUUAUUAGGUUUGAGUUGCGGUAUCAUCCCAUACCCUAAUCACGACCAUGCUCGCCGAGUGCUGUACCAAUCCGAGAAGCAUUCUCAGCAGGCCAUUGGGUUUUGCACAACCAACCCGAAUAUUCGUGUGGAUACAAAUUUGCAUCAGCUGUACUAUCCUCAGAGUCCUCUGUUUCGAACUCUGCUCUCGGAUUCUCUGGGCAAGAUCGAACAUCCAGCAAAAAAGGGGAUGCUGCCAUGCCCUCAAUACUACAAUGGACAAUGUGCCAUAGUAGCAGUGAAUGUGCACUACGGAUACAAUCAAGAGGAUUCUAUAGUGAUGAAUCAGGCUUCCAUAGACCGUGGCUUGUUCCGCUCAGAGCAUAUCAGAACUUACAAGUCUGAGGUAGAUGAGAUUAAAGAAACUGAUGUCGUGGCCAAGAGAAGAAGGUCUAUAGAUCUUAUCAACUUCAGAAAGAUGCAGAGUGAAUUCGACCAUGUCGACUACCUAGACGACGAUGGUUUUCCAUUCAUUGGCGCUAACCUUAAUGCUAAAGACAUAGUCAUUGGUAAAUAUGCAAAGUCAGGCAAAGAUUAUAGCCUGAAACUCAAGCACACCGAAAGUGGCAGGGUUCAGAAGGUUGUGUUGUCCACCAAUGAGGAAGGCAAGAACUUUGCAGCUGUUUCCCUGAGACAGGUUCGUUCGCCAGGUCUAGGAGAUAAAUUUUCAAGUAUGCAUGGACAAAAAGGUGUUGUUGGUUUUCUGGAAUGUCAGGAGAACUUCCCUUUCACAGGGCAAGGAAUUGUCCCUGACAUUGUUAUCAACCCGCAUGCGUUUCCUUCGCGACAAACUCCGGCACAGCUGUUAGAGGCUGCUUUAGGGAAAGGGAUUGCGCUGGAUGGGACUCAGAAAAGCGCCACUCCAUUUUCGGGUUUAUCCAUCGAUUCAAUUUCAGACCAACUUCAUAAGAUUGGAUUUUCAAGGUGUGGAAGCGAGAGAGUCUAUGAUGGACGAACAGGCGAAAUGAUUGAAUCUUUAGUCUUUAUGGGACCAGCAUUCUAUCAGCUCCUCACUCAUAUGGCUGAAGACAAAGUGAAGUAUCGAAACACUGGACCAGUGCACCCGUUAACUCGCCAACCGGUGGUAGACAAGAAGCGAUUUGGUGGCGUCAAAUUUGGCGAGAUGGAGAGGGAUUGCGUGGCAGCUCUUGGCGCUUCGGCUAACCUAGACGAGCGCCUCUUCAGAAUGAGCGACAGAUCGGAAAUGCACGUGUGCCGGAAAUGCAAAUACAUGGCAAAUGUGAUUCUGAAAACAGUGUUUGGUGGGCGUAAGGUUCGAGGCCCGUAUUGCCAGAUAUGUGAAUCUGCAGAGGAUAUUGUGAAGGUGAACAUCCCUUAUGGAUCCAAGUUGCUUUGCCAGGAGCUUCUCGGCAUGGGGAUUUUACUUCAGUUUGAUACUCAACUAUGCUGA